AAGCAAAUCACACUUGCUUUAUUUUUGACGAGUCUUUCACACUCUAGUCUUCCGAAGCCUCUUUCAUUUUCUUAUUUUUCUUCCACAUAUUUGGGAUUUUCGUAUCAAAUUCCUAUCAAACUACCAUUUUCUUACCCAGAUUCGAAUUGGGUCGAGCGAUUUCCCGUUGUUAGAGCCUUAUUCUAAUCGUGGGCUUAAGAAUUUCAAUGGAUUUCGAGUUCGAUUUCGAGAAGAAGCGCGUCCAAUUACUGGUAUUCAUAAUCGGCACUAUCGUCCUCAGUUUCACAGCGGAGAAAUGUCGACAUCUGGUGGGGGAGGAAGCUUCAUCCCAGAGUGGAAAGUUCACAUUCUUGAAUUGUUUUGACAUGGGUUCUGGGUCUGUUGCAUGUGGUGUGAAGGAGGGGGUAAAGCUCUACUUCUAUAACAUCCGAUCUGCCCAUGUUGAGAGGGUACGACACGUAGCACUCGAGGCCGCAUUGGCCGAUGCAGUGUCUCAGGGAAUGUCUGCGAAGGAAGCAGCAAAACACGCACAGAAAGAGGGAGUCAAGGCAGCAAAGCUGGCAAAGCGACAAGCGAAACGUAUCAUAGGGCCAAUCAUCUCUUCUGGAUGGGAUUUUUUCGAAGCUAUAUAUUAUGGGGGUACUGUCACAGAAGGCUUCCUUAGAGGCUCAGGGACUCUUUUCGGCGCCUAUGCUGGAGGUUUUGUUGGCGAACAAAGGCUUGGGAGGUUUGGGUACCUAGUAGGAAGUCAUUUAGGUAGUUGGGUUGGAGGUAGAAUUGGACUGAUGGUAUAUGAUGUUGUUAAUGGAGUGCAUUUCUUGCUCAAUUUUGUUCAAGGGGGAGAAGAAAGUGAAGUCCAUGAAAAGGCAGGCUAUGUCGAAAAUGAAGCUUCCGACGACUCCCGUGUUAACGAAGCUCCUAUUGACACCAGCUUGGAAGAUUCUGAAGAAUCGUACAACCAUGAAUCUUCGCCGUCUGAUGAAUCUGUGGAGUAUGAGAACUCCGAGUUCAGGUGAUGAAUACUUGUGAUUUUUCUUGGAUGCUUUGUUGAGUUAGAUUUAAGAGUUUUAGCAAAAUAUAAUUGCAUGAUUUAGAAAGGGAACAUUUGAGAUUCCCUUUUAGGUUAGAUUUUGUUCAGGUUUAUGGAUGUAGAAAACUUUGUCAUUUUAAAAUUCCAAUUUCAGAAGGUUUGCUCUGUGUUUUGUUCUUCAUGGGCAUGUGGGAUGUAACUUAGAGAAACCUCAAUGGAACUGGAGUUGAUAGAAAUAUUGAAAUGAAAGGAAGUAUUUGAUGGCCUUUGGGUCAUUACUUGCAAAA